UCGUAGUGAGUGCAAAGAAAAAUGAAUUAAAACAAAAAAUGAAACAACAAAAAAAAAAAAUUCUAUCAUCAUAAAAGUUGUGCAGAUACUAAAGGUGCGAGUAAUAGAGGCCCAAGGGAAACACCAUUUACAUUGGCGUGAAGUAAAACUGACUUUUCUGCAAUCCAUAUACUCUAGGGAUAUUUAAGUCUUUCCCGUGUAAAAUUCGAAAUAGUAAUGCUGGCAUUUCCGUGUAAAACAAGUUCAGCAAUCUUGGACCCUCUUGGCUGCGCUGUUACAGACAGAAAAAAUAUGGGACAACCACGAAGAAGCCCGCGAAACAAAGGGAAAAGAUCUUCCAUAUUAGAUGAAGGAGGACAGUCCAAAGAAGCUAAGAAUGGCAUCCCCGCCCCAGCAGCCAACCAGGGAAAGAAGAAGAAUACAAUGAAAGUGAAAAAAUCAAAUACAGAGGUGAUUGGUUGUUAUAUUUGUGGGAACUCGGGCUUCUCAAAUGCUCUGAUUGACUGCUUAAAGUGUUCUGUUAUGGUUGCACACCAAUAUUGUGUGGUAUACCACCAGGAACUGAUGAGGAGUAUACUUGGUAUUGUGGGUACUGUCUUGCACCAACAGAAUCCCAGGAACGUAAGAGUAAAAGUGAGAUAAUCCUGAUUAGGAACCAACCACUACCACUUCAAACUUUGCUGCCAAUAUCAUACAUCAGAAGAACGGAACAAACAGAAACAAGUAAUGAAUGUCAAAAUGCUGAAGAAGGUGCUAGGAAUAUUAAUGAG